AUGGAGGGAAGGAGCAGGAGAAAGCCGCUGGUACUUUCUUCAACGAAAGUCCUCGUUAAUUCUCUUCUCACUUCCUCCCAGCUCGGUGAUCAUGGCGAACGAUACGCCGCCACUUACGACAAGCUCGCCGGUCAGUGUUUCUUCCACACCCUACAGCUGCCAUGUGGAAUUCUCCGUUCCUCUUUGGACAGAACAAACGUUUCUGGUUCCAAGCCAACAUCUCUCGAUGAUUCUGCUUUGCUUGGGCUCUCGCUCUCUGCUCUCAAGAAGCUCGCAGUAACGUCCGGUUCCCUGGUGCUUGUCAAGAACAUUGAGACGAAUCUGGCAAGGGUUGCCCAGGUGGUUGUUCUGGAUCGUCCGAAGGACCAUCCCCAUACUUCUAGUGUAAAACAAGCAACUUCUGCUUCUUCCCCUACAAUGCUUCUCCUGCCUUCAUGCAAGUUUCCUCCGGAUGACACUCUACUGCUAGACCAGGAAAUUGCAUAUAUUUCUCCACUACUAGCUUUUAACCUAGACUUGCACAUAUCUUGCCUCAAGUCUCUUGUUCACCUCGGCGAUGAGACAUUGGCAUCAUUUUUCAAGUCCAAAGGGGAUGACAAUUUGCCUGGAGAAGUCAAUGUAGAUUCUGUAGUCAGUGUAGGGUUGGAACCCUUGAGUGAAUUUCCAAGAUAUGCCUCGCACUUAAGGGUAUCGUUCAUUAAGAUUCCAGAAUGUGGCAUUCUUGAAUCUUUGAAGGGAAGUUCUUCAAUUGAAGAUGAAUAUCGGCAAUCAAUGAUUGAUUCAGCAUUGCAGACAUACUUUGAAGUCGACAGACAUCUAGCAGUAGGUGAUGUCUUCAGCAUUCAAAUAAAUUGGGACUGCCACUCAACUUUCUGUGUUCAUUGCAGUCAAAGGUUACAAAAUGGAAAUGGCAACACUAUUUACUUCAAGGUUGUGGCCAUGGAGCCAUUAGAUCAAGCAUUUCUACGUGUCAACUGCACUCGAACAGCCCUUGUGCUUGGUGGGACGGUUCGCUCUGCUCUACCCCCUGAUCUCCUGAUUGGUUUACCCAAGAAUCAUAUGCCUCUACAAGCAGAUACAGUAAAGAUUUUGGCAUCAAUAUUUACUCCAACUUUAUGCCCCUCUGCUCUAUCAUCCAAAUUUAGAGUUGCAGUCCUGUUGCACGGUCUUCCUGGUUGCGGAAAAAGGACGGUUGUUAAAUUUGUUGCUUGUCGUUUGGGUCUUCAUGUGGUGGAAUUCAGCUGUCAUAAUCUAACAGCAUCCGCUGAUAGGAAGAUGUCUGCUGAACUAGCUCAAGCAUUCAAGACAGCUCAAAGAUACUCUCCUGCAAUACUUAUACUUCGUCACUUUGACGUAUUCCGGGAUAUCUCUCAUGACGGUUCACCAAAUGACCAUAUUGGUCUCACCUCUGAGGUUGCAUCAGUUAUAAGGGAAUUCACUGAACCAGGUGCUCAAACUGAGAACUAUGAAGAUAGAUCAAAUCAAAAUCUUCCCCUCGAGUACAAAAUGAAGCAGCAUCAGGUGCUGUUAGUUGCCGCUUCAGAAAGUUCAGAAGGUCUACCACCAAUUAUUCGACGUUGCUUCAGCCAUGAGAUAAGCAUGGGUCCUUUAUCUGAAGAACAGAGAACAGAAAUGUUCUCCCAGUUACUACAAAGUGAUUCAGAGCACCUUUCGAAUAGUGGGCUCGAUGGUACUGUAAAGGAUGUAGUUGGGCAGACAUCUGGUUUCAUGCCAAGGGAUCUGAAUGCCUUAGUAGCUGAUGCUGGUGCAAACCUGAUAUGUAAAGAAGAUGUUCCCGUGGACAAGGUUGAGACCGAGGACUCUGAUACCUCUUCUACUGUUGAAGAAUUGCACGGUAAUAACUCAGACAGAGCCAUAACUCGGGUUCUGGAUAAGGAAUGUCUGGACAAAGCAUUGAACCGUUCUAAGAAGAGAAAUGCAUCAGCACUGGGUACCCCGAAGGUUCCCAACAUAAAGUGGGAAGAUGUUGGGGGUCUUGAGGAUGUGAAGAAAUCAAUUCUGGAUACUGUUCAGUUACCGCUCCUGCACAAGGAUUUAUUUUCCUCUGGGUUGCGAAAGCGCUCUGGCGUCCUUCUGUAUGGCCCUCCAGGAACAGGGAAAACCUUGUUAGCAAAAGCUGUUGCAACAGAGUGCUCCUUGAACUUUCUUAGCGUGAAAGGGCCUGAGUUGAUCAACAUGUAUAUAGGAGAAUCAGAGAAAAAUGUCAGAGACAUCUUUCAGAAGGCCAGAUCAGCACGUCCUUGUGUUAUUUUCUUUGAUGAACUUGAUUCUCUUGCUCCCGCUCGAGGUGCCUCUGGAGAUUCUGGAGGUGUGAUGGAUAGAGUAGUUUCUCAGAUGCUUGCAGAGAUUGAUGGCCUAAGUGAUUCUACACAGGACCUGUUCAUCAUUGGAGCAAGCAAUAGACCCGAUCUCAUUGAUCCAGCCCUUCUUCGACCUGGCCGGUUUGACAAGUUGCUAUAUGUAGGGGUCAACUCGGAUGCAUCUUACAGGGAGGGGGUUCUAAAGGCGCUCACCCGGAAGUUCACUUUGCAUGAAGAUGUCUCACUUUAUUCAAUAGCAAAGAAAUGCCCCCCGAAUUUUACUGGUGCGGAUAUGUAUGCCUUGUGUGCAGAUGCUUGGUUCCAUGCAGCAAAGCGAAAGCUCUUGGACAUGGAUUCUGAAACUUCUGCAGCAGUCGAUGAAGUGAACUCUGUUGUUGUCGAAUAUGAAGACUUCAUGACGGUUCUGGUGGAGCUAUCUCCCUCCCUCUCUAUUGCUGAGCUUAAGAAGUAUGAGUUGCUGCGCGAAAAGCUUCAGGGACCAUCAAACUAA